UGUCACGACACGUCAAUUCAUUCGAUGGGUGAGUGGCGGAGUAGAGUGCACGGUCGGGGCGCCCGCGGAGCCCGAGUUUCGUGUAGUGAGUGAGAGGAGCAGCGGACCUGCCAUGUGUCAACCCCAAAAGCCUUAGCUACCUCUUCCGCUACCAACUACGCCUCAGCACUCGCAUGGUGUGCCGGUGUCCCCGCGCCGCCACUCGCGCCCCUUGAGCGCACCAUGGGCGUGCUGGGCGCGCUGGGCGUGCGGCGCGCGCCCGCCGCCGCGCUGCUGGCGCUGGCCGCGCUGCUGCUGCUGCUGCUGGCGCGUCUGCCGCCGGGCGCGCCCCAGCGCCGCCCGCAGCCCGCCGCGCCCGACGCGCUGCCGAGCCAGCUCAACCGCACCGCCGUGCCCGCACACUCGACCCCCAACUCUACUGCGCAGCAAUCGCCGGCUUCCGAAGUGCAACCGCCUCAACCUCCGCCCGAUAAAACUGAGCUCGUGAAAGGGAAAAAGGCAUCCGCCGGAAAGGAGAAGAAACCUCAAACCGAGGGUCCGCUCCCGCCGGGCGCGGUGCUAACCCGCGAUCUGUACGUAGCGGGGCACACGCGGCCGCACCCCGAGCUGUGCCCCGCGCUGGGCGCGCGGCUGAGGCUCGUGAUCUUGGUGUCGUCCGCCCCGUCGCACGCGGCGGCACGCGAGGCGGUGCGGCUCACGUGGGGGCACGCGGCGCAGCGCACCGACGUGGCGCUGGGAUUCGUUCUGGGCGCAUCGCCGCCGCAGUACCGUGCGGCCCUGGACCGGGAGGACGCGCUUUACGGCGACAUCAUCGAGGGCCGCUCCGUCGACAGCUACUCGAACCUGACGCUUAAGACGCUGUCGAUGCUCGAAUGGGUCGACACGUAUUGCCCGCGCGCGCCGCGGCUGCUCAAGACGGACGACGACAUGUUCAUCAACGUGAACAAGCUGUUGCUCUUCGCGGAAGCGCCCGGACGACGGAACGCCACCAAUACCGUGUGGGGCAAAGUAGCGCGGCGCUCGCGACCGGCCCGGGCGCCGCGCUCCAAGUAUUUCGUACCGCCGGCGCAGUACCCGGGCAGCGUGUUCCCGGACUUCGCGACGGGCCCCGCGUACUUAGUGACGGCGGACGCGGUGCCGCGACUGCUGCGCGCGGCGCCGGCGGCGCGCUACCUGCGGCUGGAAGACGUGUUCGUAACGGGCGUGCUGGCCUCGCGGCUCGGCGUGCGCCGCGUGCACGCUCCAGAGUUCUACAACAAGAAGGUAGCGCCGCACCCAUGCGCCGUGCAGCGCGGCGUCGCCAUCCACAUGGUGCGCUACCAUGAGCAGUUCGACCUGUGGCGCAAGCUGCUCGACGGCAAGACCAAGUGCGCCAGCUAGCCCCCACGCCGACACUGAACCAAACUAAAUCGACGUCAACUUCGUCGGACAGUCAAGCACACGUCUAGUUGCCAAUGUGAAAGUGAACAAAUGAGUCGAACUAAUUUAUAUUUUUUUAUUUUGCUUUUUUACAAAGUGCCCGGUGCGCGUGGGCGCCGGCGCCGGACGCGGCGCGUCGACGCGCCUUGACGCGCCGCGCCCGCGCGCUCACUUGUGUCAGUGUUAGUGUAAGUAGCUAAUGUACUUAGUAUACGUAUUUAAAAGUAAGCAGUAUGGACACAUAUUAUGUAUAAGAUUGAAUGUUGUAUUUUGUCGAAUUUUAUUCCAAUUCUAAUUUUAGACUGACCUGUUGUUAGGAAUCUCGUUAUGUGUAGAGGGAAGGAAUUGAUGAACCGGGAAUACUCAGCGUUGUGAUCGCGAUCAGAGAUCUGCCAUGUUGUGUUGUGAUUGUGACGUCUCCGCCAUCGGCUGCUAUAUUUUGUGAAUAGUUUACGCCGCGACGGCGGUGCUCCCGAACCGCCAGGUGUACAUAGUCACGUUACAUAUUAAACGUAUACUGUCACA